CUUCACGUACUCUGGGAACUUUGUCCCACAGAGACAGCCAGGUCUGGAGGUCUGCUCCGGGAGACGGACGCGCCGCCCAUGCUCUCUGCCUCUAGAAGGGCUCUCCAGUUCCUCUCCAGCUCCAUCCCGGUACGGAAGAUGGGCGACUCAGCUUCGAAAGUCAUCAGUGCAGAGGAAGCCUUGCCGGGACGCACCGAGCCGAUCCCAGUAGCAGCCAAACACCAUGUCAGUGGCAACAGAACGGUUGAACCUUUCCCAGAGGGAACACAGAUGGCUGUAUUUGGGAUGGGCUGCUUCUGGGGAGCUGAGCGCAAGUUCUGGCUCCUGAAAGGAGUGUACUCAACCCAAGUGGGUUUUGCAGGAGGCUACACACGCAAUCCCACCUACAAAGAGGUCUGCUCAGAAAAAACUGGCCACGCCGAAGUCGUCCGGGUUGUGUACCGGCCAGAGCACAUCAGCUUUGAGGAACUGCUCAAGGUCUUCUGGGAGAAUCACGACCCGACCCAAGGCAUGCGCCAAGGCAAUGACUACGGCACACAGUACCGGUCAGCAGUCUAUCCCACAUCUGCCGCACAGAUGGAAGCAGCCCUGAGAUCCAAGGAGGAAUACCAGAAGGUUCUUUCAAAGCAUGACUUUGGCCCCAUCACCACCGACAUCCGAGAGGGACAAGUGUUCUACUAUGCCGAAGACUACCACCAGCAAUACCUGAGCAAGAACCCAGACGGCUACUGUGGCCUCGGGGGUACUGGGGUUACCUGCCCGAUGGCCAUUAAAAAAUAAUUUCUCUCCACGAAGCUGGCCCUGUAGGUUCCAUCAACACCAUGAUUGCUGGAUGGGGUGGCACUGCUGCGAUUCACAUCUGCCACUUUAUGCAGAGCACACACUCCACACGGGCCUUUACACGAAUCUGGUUGUUAUUGGGGUUUGAUUUCCAGAGAGUAAGAUGACAAGAUGAUACAUUGUAAUCUGCCUUCCGAUCAGUCCGGGUGGGGACAGAACAUGACACGUUAGUGGAUUGUUUGGGGUCUAAAUGGAGAUAAUGAAUAUCCUGUGUCCAUCUGCUUGGACUGGAGGGACGCUGAAGGUUCUGAAGCAGGGGGAUGGCCAGGAGAACACAGGGUACUGGGACCCCUCGGUCUGUGCUGACAUACCUCACCCACUUCCCUGCCCUCAGGUGCCUAAUUCAUUAGUGUCUACAGAUCCCAUGAAUCAUUUACCCAGACGUUUUGCUCUGCUAGCUCUAGACGUGUAUUAGGGGUUUCUCUCCCCCCUCCAUCCUCUCGGUGCAGAGAAAAGACAUGCGUGACCUUAAUGAAUUCUAACAUUCUGCUUACAGCUAUGAUAAAGCUUGUUCUAAUAAAAAUCUGCAGUUUGGUAAUAGCAACCGCCUGC